AUGAAAUUUCAAAAUAUUUUUGCAACUGCUGUUACUCUAAGCUCGUUUGUAGCUGGUCAAACGAUCACCACGGAUACUGUAACCUAUGGGUCUACAUUACAAAUUGGUGAUACCAUUAUUGCGCCUGAUGUAUAUUGGUCCAUCGUAAACAGUGCCGUCAAUCUUUUUGCUGGUAAUGUCCUUGUUAAUCCAGGUGGAGAGCUUUUCAUCUCGGCAAAUAAUGGACUUAUCGCAUUAACAGUAGGAUUCGCAGGAAUUCUUAAUGAUUUUACGAAUAAUGGAGGAACUAUAGUUUUUUCAUCUGAAAAUGGUAUAACAGGUCCCCUGUAUGAUAUUGUUGCCGCAUCGUUCUACAAUUCCGGUAACAUCUUCUAUGAUGCUACUGGAAGUGUGUUAACUGCUACAUACAAUUUGAAUUCAGUUUCGUGGACUAACGAUGGUUUAAUUGCACUUUACCUGGAUGCAUUAACAGGUGAAUUUACUACAUUAGGAUCUAUUGGUUUCCCUAUUCAAAAUAAUGGUCAAAUUUGUUUGAUCAAUCAAGUUUGGCAACAAACUACAAUUGUUCAAGGGUCUGGUUGUAUUGACGUUGGUGCUGGUUCUGACGCUUGGAUUUCCAACUCCUUGUUAAGCUUUGAUCCAAACCAAACAAUUUACUUGAGUACUCCUUCAUCCGUACUUAGAGUUGCAUCCUUAUCAUUAACACAAACAUUCAAAGUCGCUGGUUUUGGUGGCGGAAAUGUAAUUGGAUUAGAUUUACCAAUCACUGGUAGGAGUUAUGAUGCCGCUACAGGUAUCUUAACGCUUUCAACAGGUAUAUUUCCAUUCCAAUUAUCUCAAAAAUUCAAUAUUGGACUUGGUUACGAUCCUAAUGGAUUCUCAACUAUCACUUUCAGUUUUGGCGCAUUGUUUGCUCCAACUAUACAGAGUGCUGUGACCUACUCCGGUCCAGUUCCAGCUGGUUCCACUCUGCCUUCAGCCUGUACACAAUGUCUUCCAGUCCCACCAAUUCCAGUUGAUAAUAUUCAAACUACCACAACUUCGACAUGGACUGGAUCUACUACUGCAACCACUACUGUCACCGUUACUCCAGGUGGAACUGAUACCGUCAUUAUUGAAGUUCCCUCUACCACUAACGCUGAGACUACUUUAACUUCCACUUGGACUGGAUCAACUACUGGUACCACCACUAUCACUGCUGCUCCAGGUGGAACUGAUACUGUUAUUGUCGAAGUACCUUCUACCACUAACGCUGAGACUACAUUAACUUCCACUUGGACUGGAUCAACUACUGGUACCACCACUAUCACUGCUGCUCCUGGUGGAACUGAUACUGUUAUUGUCGAA